AUGCACGUAAGCACUGUCAGACAUAUCUAAGUACACAGACAGAUGAUGAUGUUGUCACAGCCAUGGUGAAAAGUGAUUUCUAAAUAUCGUCGUUUACAUCCAUCACCCAUGGCGGAACUUGAACUCUGAUGUGCGCGAAGACACAUUUUCUACACAAAGAGAAAAGAUGGGAUGCAACUGCAGCUCCGACUACUCAGAUGCUGAAUGGAUCGAGAACUUGGAUGAAAUUUGCGAGCACUGUAAUUGUCCCAUAUCUCCACAAUCACGCAAUCAAUAUACCAAUCAACUAAUUCCACAUCCAUCACAGGGUUCAGCACCUUCAUCUCCGCUCCCCGAGAAUCUAGCAGUGGCUUGCUACAGCUAUGAACCCGCCCAUGAUGGUGACCUGGGCUUUGAAAAGGGAGAGAAACUCAAGAUAAUUAACAGGGAUGAUCCAGAGUGGUAUUUGGCAGAAUCUCUCACCACAGGACAGAGGGGCUACGUCCCACACAACUUUAUUGCAAUGAACACCGAAGAGACAGAACCGUGGUUCUUUAAGAACAUUUCUAAAAAUGAUUCAAUGAGGCUCCUGCUCGCUCCCGGGAACACAAAGGGCUCCUUCUUGAUUCGUGAGAGUGAGACGAUCCCAGGGUCAUACUCAUUGUCAAUCAGGGACUUUGACCCAAACACGGGUGAAGGAGUGAAACAUUACAGGAUCCGCAACUUGGACAACGGUGGUUUCUACAUCACCAAUAAGAUAUCUUUUAAUUCCCUGAAAGAACUUGUCCAGCAUCAUACACGUGAUGCAGAAGGUUUGUGUACCAAGUUGGUGAAGCCAUGCCAGUCAAGAGCUCCUCAGAAACCAUGGUGGCAAGAUGAGUGGGAGAUCUCCCGGGAGUCCCUGAAAAUGGUGAAUAAGCUCGGAGCGGGCCAGUUUGGAGAUGUCUGGAUGGGUUUCUACAAUAAUGACAGGAAGGUUGCAAUUAAGGGUCUGAAGAUUGGCACAAUGUCGACGGAAGCCUUUCUGGAAGAAGCCAAUGUGAUGAAGAACCUGCAACAUCCUCGUCUCGUGCGCCUCUUCGCUGUGGUUAGCCAGGAGCCCAUCCUUAUUGUCACUGAGUACAUGGAAAACGGUAGCUUGCUGGAAUACCUAAAAACAACACAGGGGAGUAAUUUGUCCAUGAAAACUUUGAUAGACAUGACAUCCCAGGUAGCAGACGGAAUGGCUUACAUUGAGCAGAAGAAUUACAUCCAUCGGGACCUCCGAGCUGCCAACAUUCUGGUGUCCCAUGAGCUCAUCUGUAAGGUAGCAGACUUUGGACUUGCCAGACUCAUUGAGGACAGUCAAUACACAGCUAGGGAGGGAGCAAAGUUUCCCAUCAAGUGGACUGCCCCAGAAGCUAUAAACUUUGGAACAUUUUCCAUCAAGUCUGAUGUAUGGUCCUUUGGGAUCCUCCUAACAGAAGUAGUCACAUAUGGCCGCAUACCAUACCCCGGUAUGUCCAACCCUGAGGUGAUCCAGAACCUGGAGCAGGGCUACAGGAUGCCAAAGCCAGAAAAGUGUUCAGAUGGACUUUAUAAUAUCAUGUGUCUCUGCUGGAGAGAGAACCCGGAAAAUAGACCCACCUUCGAGUACCUGAGGAGUGUUUUGGAGGACUUCUUUAUUGCCACAGAACGUCAGUAUCAGGCGUAGCCUUAACUGCACCAAGUCACAUUCCGACUGUAAAGGCCUGGUUGAUGUCUGCCUGAUGCAAUACUUCAGCUCUAUCUUUCAUCACAGUUGUUAAGGGAACAGUUAACCAUUGCUGUCCUCAUAAAUGUGUUACUUUUAUUGUCUUUAUUGUACAAUUAAAAAAAAUCUUUGAAUUA